UUUUAUUAUUUUAAUGCUCACCUAAGAUAUCAUAUUCUAUUCUAUCGCUACUACAAUCCUAUUCCUUUAUGUCUUAUACCUGAUAUGGGAAUACUCAGCAAAGGAUGUGCCCUUAUAUAUUAAGAUUUUAACCUUUAUAUCUUGGACCCUAACCUUUUCGAUUGUAUUGGUCCUACCAAUUGACAUUGCUAAUGUUUAUUAUUCCAUUGUUAAUAUUAGUCAACCAAAUAGCUUGAUGAGACCUAAUAAUUAGAAACUAUGGGGAACAUCAAAGUAUUGUGGAGAAUUAUGUAUUGGGGAAACUUCUUUUUGGCUUGGUACAAAUUCAUAUUAUACAGGUUGGUCUUACCCUUUUUUUAAGAUUAUGAAGGCUCGGGAGAUUUCGAUAUAAAAGGAAAGAUUAAGUACUCUUUGAAGAAGAAUUUAACAAUAUAUGGAGUGGGAACCGUAAUAAUUAUCGGAUUAGCCAUCUAUUUAUUGAUCAAGGAUAAUUUUGAUUCAGCUCACGUGGAAGGGGUUCUCAUAGGAGUGAGCAAUUUCUUGUAAUCGAUCUAAUUAAUCAUUUAGUGGUUUACUCCUCGUUGUCAUUCUUUUGGGAUAAGGAUUAGUGGCAAUUCCAAAACUAUACUACAGGGAACAUAAGGAGGAAGAAGUCUUGGAAUAGUGCUAUCAAUAGGCUGUGCUAUUAGAUGAAUAAAGAACUGAUAAAACCUAUGAACUGGAAGACAUUUGUAGGGUUGUAAUAUAAUGUAAAAUACAUAGACCCUUCAAUUAUUGCAGAAUGAAUACUCCGACAGCGAAUUCAGUCGAUAUUUGAUGAUCAUUCUGCAACACAUCCCUUAGGAAUUUCAAAAGAGCAUCAGACACACCUUAUAAAAGUACAAUGCAUCCAACAUACCAGAUAAAUAUAAACCAUUGAAUCUGGAGAUAUUGGCUUCCAUACACAAGUAUGUGAAAUGCAUUAUGUUUGAUUUACAAAGAAUUCAAACUAAACUCAAUAUUGUUAAUUAGAAGGCAUUGAAGUUUGAAAGGAAAGACUUAGCAGAUGACGAGACACAAUUUGAAACCAAAUGGUCUAAAAUGAUAUACAAGAUUUCUAUUAUUUGGAAUCUAAAGCUCAGAAAAUAUUACUGUGUGUUUUUGGCCAUAACCUAUGCCCUUCUUAGUUUAUUAAUCCUAUUUUGCGAAUUAAUUACUUUUGUGGCCAAAACAAACAAGAAUUUAAACCCCUAUUAUUUGUUAUUGUCCUCCAUCAAUAGGUAUUAUUUGACAGAACUUGUUUUGCUCCUGCCUUUGCUUUAUAUGAUGUUUUGCACCUAUUAUGGCUUGUUUGCAAUGAAAAUCUCUGGAUUGAUCUCAUUUAAUAAACAUCAUCACACAGAUGCACCUAGUUUGAUGUUUGGUUCUAUGUAUUUAUAUUUCAUAUUUGUGAGUAACUUUGCCAGAGUAAGUUUCCCCUUGUGUUUCAAUUUCAUACAAAUUACAGACAUAUUGGAGGAUUAGGCCACUUCUUUCAGUGAGACAGUCGGGAAUCUGGCUGAAUCUCUUUUUGUAUAGAGUUACAAAACCAUACUGCCCUUGAUGUUGUUGAUUAUGUGCUUUUUCAAUUUAUUCAAUAUUGGUGAUAAGUUGAUGAGGACGAUAGGUCUGGGGUAAUAUGCUCAGUAGGAGAGGAUAUCAGGAAUGAGCUUGGAAGGAAAGAAGAUUAUAGAGAAAGGUAUAUUUGAGUAUAACAUUUAAAAGAAAGAGAGAUGAGGAGGAAGAGCAAUGUUAAUGAGAGUAAUUCUCAGAUUGUAUUUCAGGAAUUGCAGAUUAUGCCAAAAAGCAAGGUCCAGGAUGAAGAGGAGACCUCAAGAAAAAACUCAUAAAAUUAGGGAAUUAGAAAUUUUGAUUAAAUUCUAAGCAUUUGAAUUAUAUAUAUUUUA